CUCUCUCUCUCUCUCUCUCUCACAAACACAACACACACUGCAAUGGAACUACAAUAUGUUUCUCUGGGACUACAUUCGUGCAUUUUAGUGUUGAUGUUAUCUGGCUUUGCAAACUCAGACAUAGCCAAGGACAGAGAAGAAUGUGCAAACCAAUUAGUGGCGCUGGCCACUUGUCUUCCUUACGUUGGUGGUGAUUCCAAAGCCCCAACCCCAGAUUGCUGCACUGGCCUCCAACAAGUCUUGCAGAAGAGCAAGAAAUGUCUCUGCAUCUUGGUCAAGGACCGAAAUGAUCCUAGCCUUGGCCUUAAGAUCAAUGCUACUCGUGCUUUAAGUCUUCCUGAUCAGUGUCAUGCUCCAGCUAACAUAUCCGGCUGCCCUGCUCUCCUACACUUGGCACCUAACUCACCUGAAGCAAAGGUAUUUGAGGACUUUGUAAAGAAUGCUAAACAGAGCAAUAGUCCUACUUCAACUGCGACUGGAAAUCCCCCCAGCAAGGGAUCAAGUGCGGCUGAUUUAAAGAGUGAUGGUGGAAAGAGAAAAAGAUGGUUGGGAACUAAGAUGGCUUGGGGACUGUUAAUCACUGUGGCUUUUCACAUCUUACCCAAUCUUUGAUGUUAGAACUCUUUGGACGCCUGCUUGUUUCCAUAUUUUCCAUGCUGUACCUUAAUAAUCUAUAAACUUUAGGCUUUGAACCAACCCCCCACCGCCCCUCCCCCCUGUUGUGCUCAAUUGAUUUUUUUUUUUCAAUUCAAAACCUUCAUAGAACGUGAAUAUUUUGAUGUUUCAACUCUAAAAUUAUG